UAGCCUGCGGCCACCACCUGCACACGCCCAUGUUCUUCUUCCUGCUCAACCUGGCCAUCAGCGACCUGGGCUCCAUCUGCACCACUGUCCCCAAAGCCCUGCACAAUUCCCUCUGGGACACCAGGGACAUCUCCUAUGAAGGAUGUGCUGCACAGAUCUUCAGGGCCGUGCUGAGGAUCCCCUCUGAGCAGGGACGGCACAAAGCCUUUUCCACCUGCCUCCCUCACCUGGCUGUGGUCUCCCUGUUCCUCAGCACUGCAGAAUUUGCCUACCUGAAGCCUCCCUCCAUCUCCUCCCCAUCCCUGGAUCUGGCAGUGUCAUUUCUGUACUCGGUGGUGCCUCCAUUCCUGAACCCCCUCAUCUACAGCCUGAGGAACCAGGAGCUCAAGGCUGCAGUGUGGAGACUGAUCACUGGAUGCUUCCAGGGACAUUAAACUGCUGGCCAGUUUCUGCCAAUCACUUC